GUUGGCAGCAGAGAGCAGGAAAAACAAGCUUUAGUAAGCCUCUGCCAGGGCAGAAAGCGCUCUGGGGGCUAUUCACGCUGCUUCCCCAGGCCGGUGUCCGGAGGUCCCAAGCCGGAAGAACGGAAAAUAGGGAGAGGCCAGGGCUCCUGAGCCGGGUCUAGGAGCACACCUUCUGCCAGCGCACGCAGAGAAAACGCGCGCGGCUCGCCCACGCCGGGCCUCGGCUCCCUCCCGGGCUCGGCUGACCCUGGGGCGGCAGAUCACGAUGUCCGCGCGCGCUCCCCACCGCCGGGUCCAAGGGCCUCCGGGGACCUCGUUGCUGGGCGGUCUCUGGGUCUGGGUGCUUUGUGGCCUGGGGAUGGCGGGCUCUCUGGGAACCCCACAGCCAUGCCAGGCGCCCCAGCAGUGGGAGGGACGCCAGGUUCUGUACCAGCAGAGCAGCGGGCACAACAGCCGCGCCCUGGUGUCCUACGAUGGUCUCAACCAGCGCGUCCGGGUGCUGGACGAGAGGAAGGCGCUGAUCCCCUGCAAGAGAUUAUUUGAAUAUAUUUUACUCUAUAAAGAUGGAGUGAUGUUUCAGAUUGAACAAGCCACCAAACAGUGUGCAAAGAUCCCCUUGGCGGAACCCUGGGAUCCUCUCGACAUUCCCCAGAAUUCUACCUUUGAAGAUCAGUACUCCAUCGGAGGGCCUCAGGAGCAGAUCAUGGUCCAGGAGUGGUCUGACAGGAGGACAGCCAGAUCCUAUGAAACCUGGAUUGGUGUUUAUACAGCCAAGGAUUGUUAUCCGGUCCAGGAGACCUUCAUCAGGAACUACACUGUGGUCCUGUCCACGAGGUUCUUUGAUGUGAAGCUAGGAAUUAAGGACCCCUCUGUGUUCACCCCACCGAGCACAUGCCAGACAGCACAGCCAGAGAAGAUGAAUGAGGACUGCUCCUUGUGAACUUGCAGGAGCAGAAGCCAUGACCUCAGCUCUUAGUGACCUUGGGUGGGAAUGGAUUAGAGACUAGUUUGAAAGCAACUCUUCACUGGAAAUAAACUAAUUUUAGGAAGAUAAACUCUAUGUGGACUUGCUUGUAAUCUGACUGUGGCUGCUCAGCUGUAUCUUUUGGAAAGAAACUGUUUGGAGCCAUCCUUUCUGUGAACAGGUGUGUACUCAGUGCCACAGAGUAGGAAAGGGUGGGGGUAGCAUCAGCACAAGGAGUUUGCUUCUGCAAGGUGAGACUUUUAUUAUUACCAAUAAGAAUCAAAGGUGAUAAUAAGAUAUAGAAUAAUUUUGUUCAGUUCUCUCCUUACAAAGAAAGUCCCUUGCUUGUCUGCACCAGGGUAGCAACAGUUCCCCCUGACACCACGAGGUCUCUGGCUACUAUGAGAUGACCCUUGAAGAUUCUUUCCAGACUUGAAUUUUGUGGCAUGGCCCACUAUAUCUAGACAUUCUGCAAGGAAGUAGAAACUUGUAAUACAAAGUAAUGAUUCCUCUGAAGAGAAAAGAAGUUUUAAGUGGGAGGCUUGGACAAUCUUAGUAUUUAUAUGUGAGAUGAAGUGAGAGCCGUGUGCUGCUUUGUGUACAAGAGUUACUGACCACUGUGCUGAACCUCCGUGUCUUUUCUAGUGGGCAAACAGGCUUCCAAAACAGCUCUGAACUGGGAGGCCACCAAGUAAGGCUUAGAAUUCUCUGCUACUCUAAUCCUUUAAGUAUUAAAUGCACUAGGCAAGUAGCCCUUGCCUUUCCUUUCCUGAAUCUCUCUGUAACCACACAACUGUGUCUAUAUGCCGUCUGUUCAUGCUUCCAACGCCAGCUCACAUGUGACCUCUGUGAGCUUCUCCCAUGCCUGAAUUCACUGCACCUUACAGCUUGGCAUGCCUUGCUCACAACACUCAUUAUUCUGUGUGAGGAUUUCCUGAUUAUUAGAAACUGACCUCUGCUAUCCUGGGUAAGAACCCCUUGAGUACGGGUACCAUGUUCUGUUUACUUUAAUAUCUCCAGCAUCAAGAAAGUGCCUGGCACGCAGUCCGUGCCCUUAACAUUUGUAGAGAGGAGCGCUCCAGCUCUGUUAGUGUUUAGUUUCCUCAUCUAUUAGACAGGGUUGGUUUUUCUGGUUGCUAUGGAGACUUGUAGUAAUACAACUUACUAUUCUAGAUUCUUCUAUUGCUGUGUUUCAUUUGGCCAUGUAUCAUCUUUUGUUAUUAAGAGAAAUGUGUGAUGCUUGCUUUAGGCUAUAGCAAUCUACAUUGUAAUUUAUCUAUACAAUUAAACAAAUUUUAUGACACCCUACAAAUUGUUCUUUGAUGUAUUUGUUACUGUAAUAAAUACGGAUGAACUGAAUUAUAAAGAAGAUAAAAUCCUUCUGUAAUAAGUAAAUAAAGUACUUCCCAUAAUCAAAACCAGAUCGGUUA